AAGGCGACACGCGCGCACAUUGUAGCCUAUGUUUCUCCGAUGGCAUCGGCGUGUCUCCAGUGGAUCUUCACACUGUCGAUGGUCUUGGUCAUCUUUCAGGGUGUGUGUGUGAUGUUUUACUACACAGCCGACACACACUCGUCCAGAGAUGCGAUCACAAAGGGGUUUCUGAGGCUGCACUGUGAAAAACUCAGACGCAAGUUUUCAAUCAUCAAAUCGGCCAAAAGUAUAAAUUUCGAAAGGUUCACGGAGGAGCUGUCAGAUUACAUGAGCUGCCCGUACAAAUCAAACCAAACUGAGCGGGAGCUGAACAGAAUCCGGUUGCAGUUUUGUUGUAACGCCACAGGAUCAUUCAUCCUCACCAAACGCAACACAGCCAUCAAUCAAUCCAUCCAAUAUGAAACAAGCACAACAAAAACAUACAAAAUGAAUGCAGCACUUCACAGUAUGCUGCCUGAGGACAUCCCCUGGUCCGGUCGGCGUCUGGGUCGGUGUGCUGUGGUCGGCAGCGGUGGGAUUUUGAAAAACAGCAGCUGUGGACGUGAGAUUGACAAUGCAGACUUUGUCAUUCGGUUUAAUUUGGCAGAGGUUAAUGACAGUGAUGUUGGACUGAAGACGGAUCUGGUAACCAUCAACCCCAGUCAGAUCCGAUACAAAGACCUGCAGAACAAUCCGGAUCCGUUGGUGGAGCGGGUCAGUGUGUACGGAAACGCCUCCCUCAUUAUUCCUGCCUUCGCCUACACCUUCUGCACAUCAGUGUCAAUCAAAGUGCUCAAAGUCCUCCAGCCAAUCAGACCUCAUCAGCCAGUGGUGUUCUUCAGCCCCUCUUACCUGCGGUCACUGGACCGGUUCUGGAAGGGGCGUGGCCUGCGGGAGACGCGCCUCUCCACUGGGUUUAUUUUAAUCAGCACUGCACUGGAACUGUGUGAGCAUGUUCACGUUUACGGAUUCUGGCCGUUCAGUAACGACCUGCAGGAUCAGCCGAUUCCAUACCAUUAUUACGACCUGAAGCGUCCGCACCCCCACAUGCACAAGAUGCCGGAGGAGUUUGUGCGACUACUGCAGCUCCACAGCCAGGGGGCGCUGACACUGCACCUGCUGCCCUGCGACUCGCCAGAGACGGAUCGAGAAAAUAAUUUAUAGGGUUUGCAUGAAGACUAUCCCAGAUUGUUAACCCCUUAAGCCCUGAGGCCAUUUUUAGAGUUUUUUGUCUGAGAAACACACAUAAAAGUAAAGACUCAUAACUUCAAAACUCUAGCAAGGAGAGUCAAAAGGUUGGUAUCGUUUGAUAGAAAACUUUUCAAAUUUUUUGAAAAUAUAAAUUACAUUACUCUUUUUAAUCAUGAGCGACUGCUGAAAAUAAUGUUGUGCAAUAUUCUACGAUCUGUUCAUUUUUCACGUAGUUAUAAGCGAAAUACCAACGCGAGUGCUUCAUCAGUAUAUACUUGGCCAGGAACGUCUGUGGUAUUUUUGGUGUUAGGGCGCCACGGCGAAUAUCUUUAGAUCUGAUUCAUGCAAUACAUUGAGUUUGGGUUCUUUUUAAUCGUGAGCUUCUGCUGUAAAUAACGAUGUGCAAUAUUUCAUGAUUGAUGUAUGUUUCAUGAAGAUAUGAGUAAAAAUGCCAAGUCUAAACUAC